AUGCCACGCCUCAUCUUGAAACGGAGCUUGAGCAUAGGUCUACAAUCUUCGAGGAAGAGGCAACGCUUGGAGACUUACAGCCAAUCCCAAACAGUUACCAAACUGGUAGAGCUUAUUGGCACGGGCAAACUCAGUGUCAUUGGCGCAGUGGACCUUGCAAACUGCAUGAUAGAAGAUGGAGCUGAUCAUGAAGCAGUUUGCGCCUUUAGCUCUCUUGGCACCAAUGGUCAAAACCCUCAAAAUUGUGAACGUGAUUUGCACCGAUGGCUUGAAGGUCUUGGCAUGCGACUUCAGCCCUACACAGUAACGAUGGACCUCCAAGUGGAGAGCCAUGAACUGCGACCGCGCGAAGUCUCGGCCCAGAAGUCCGUCAACAACACAGUGGCCCGGCUUGUGGCCUGGAGCUUGAAGUGCUCAGCCGAAGGAGUUGCGCCUGACACAGGCUUGUACGGUGAGCCGCUGACUGGAUUCAGGGCAGAGAUGAAGGGGAAGUCUCUAGGCCCCUGGAAGGGUGCAUACUUUGCUUUCAAGGCCGACCUAAAGGCUCGCAAAUGGAUGCAUUCCUUUGAACGAUACUACAAAGCAAAGUUGAUCUGUGACUCUUGCUUGGUUUCCUCAGGGUGCAAUUGCCCUCCCGAAAUGAACUUCAAGAACUUUGGCGAGGAUGCUGCGUGGCCUCUCACCACAGUCACUCACGAAGACUACAUGAGGAUGCCCGGUCCAAAGAGUGAUUGGCUUCAGGUCGAAGGGUUUCGGCUGGAGAACCUUGCAUUUGAUUUUAUGCACAAUGUCUUUUUGGGCACGGCGAGGGAUUUAUGUGGUUCAUCCAUCAGAGUUCUGCUCCGCUUUGGGUGGUACGACCAUGUGGAGGGCGAUAUCGAUUGCAAGCUCGCAGCCAUCCAACGGGAGAUGGUUAGAGAUUGUCGCGAUCUUGGGUUCUUCAUGCCAAAGAAACCGGUCCUGACAGAAGCGAAUCUUUGUAAAGAGGAUUACGCCCAGCUCGGAACACGAUUCAAGGCUUCCCAUGUAAAGCUGAUUGUCUUCUGGGUUGCAAGGAAGGUGCAAAAGUCCAGUGAACGUGCGCCAAAUGAGGAUCGAGUUAUCCAUGUGCUUGCAGCCUGCACCUAUGCUUUGCAGCGGUGCAUUGAUUUGUGUGAUGCCAGCGGUCUGCUUCUAGACACUUCAGCUGCCUGUGAAGCUGCUGACAGCUUAGUGUUGCACCUCAAGACCUACUCGUGGUUAGCUGCUUUCUUUUUUGCGGAGAGGGCGCUACUUUUUAAGGUUCGCCCAAAGCAUCAUUACAUGUUUCACCAGGCCAUGCAGCUCAAAGCCUGGAGGAUUAAUCUCAAUGGCUUUGCGACGUGGGAUGAAGAAGGAUUUUUGGGGCAGAUUAAAGCAAUCGCUAUUGCUUGUCACGGCGCAACAGCCACCCAGCGAGUGUACCAGAGGUACCUACUUGUCCUAGCUCUCAUGGUCCAAAGGCACCGUGAGUUGAACGACCUUUAG